AUGAAGUGCACGGGGGUGGCGGGUGGUGGGCCCGGUGGUGACGACCUCCUGCUGGGUGCCUGCUGGGUAGACCAGAAGCUUGACGCUUCCUCUCCCCCCUGCCAGGAGCUAUUCGAUCCGUUCCUUACACAACCGGCACUGGCAGAUUUGAAACCUCUCCCCCCUUUCACUGGAUACACCGGCCAUCUAUCUAUCAACGGAAUAUCCGGCCACCACUUCCAUGCAAUAGCUCAACGCCUCCCAGAGGAAAAUAACAAUUACCCCACGCAGAGCGGCUAUGGCACGGAUCACGACGUGGUAUCAUCUUCAACUUGCGCUGCUGAUUCGGAACCACGGGAUUUAGAGGACGUAAAACCAUUCCCCCUUGACGGAAUAAAUACAAAACCAUUUCCUGAAUCGUCAGUGCCGACCAUCGCCAACACUUACGCGAAGUCCGGUUCACCGGGAAUGAAAAUGUUUAUCGAUAAUAAACAAGAUUUAUACGACAUAAGUUCGAUAGAAGAUAUAGCGGCGUUGAUCGGAUGCUCUAUCGCAGACACUACAGUUCCGUCUCAAGCAGAAGACCAAGAAAGAAACGACUCUAGAGACAGUUGGUUGGAUAUAGAGUACUGGAUGCCGACGGCUCAGCACAAUGAUAAAACGGUUUCGCAAGAUUUAUCCGAAUUCGGUCUACCUAGCUCCACUCCUCCGCAAUCUAGCCAACAGUCAAGUCUAGAUUUUCCUACAAAAACGCAGGAGUUUAUACAUAAGAAUUUUGGUCAGGCAGGCUCAGCGCUGCAAACAAUGCUAACACAAAGCUACAUGCCGUUGCUCCAAAAUAGAUUACAGAAUGGUCCCCCAGUUAAACAAGAAGCGCCGAGUUCGACCAGUUAUGGAAUGGAUGUCAUUUCAACGUCAUCACCUCCCGGAAACGCGGUGUCAACAACUGACGGUAUUGGGGGUCUUCUUAACGGCCGUUAUGCGCAACCCUAUGCUGUGGGCCUAAAGUCAGACGGAGUUUGCAGCCCCGAUAGACUUCUAGGCUAUCCUCACGCACACACGACGACGGCUACUCCGUCAAAUAAGAGCAAGCGAAGUCGUGCAAAGGCUAAACAAACUAGUAACGGAGGCAGCCUUCACGGAAGUUCUCUAGCCUUUGCAUCUGCUACAUCGGCCGAAUUGAGCGGUCUACUUGGCAAAGAAAAACCAGUCCAUCGCUGCUCAAUCUGUAAUAGAGGAUUUUUAAACAAAUCAAACAUCAAGGUUCAUUUACGAACCCAUACUGGGGAGAAGCCAUUCAGGUGCGACGUAUGCGCUAAAGCUUUCCGCCAGAAGGCGCAUCUGAUUAAACACCAGCAGAUCCACAAGAGGAUCGGAAGGGACUAG